UAGUAAAGGUUGAAAUCAUAUGAAAGAGAAUAAAAUUGACCUUUAAAAAUUUGAAAUAAACUGAAAAAUGGAUAUAUCUAAGGUUAAAAUUACAUGAAAUUCACCUUUAAAAUGUGAAUAAAUACUCAAUAAAAUAUAAAAAUAAUUUGAAAGUUUACAUAUCAAAAGUUGGAAGUUAAAUGGAAAAAAGAGUGGAAAUGUGGGAGUCGAACCCAACCCCUUCUAUUUCCAAGAUUUUAAACAAACUGCUUGAGGCUUGAGCUAGCUUCGUCCCUGCAUCAGGGUCCUUUUGUAGAGUUCGCCGGAAAGGGAUAUCGACAAAAUAAAAUAAGUAAAUAAAAGUUGAAUGGAAAGGAAGGAAGGAAUUAAUGGGAAAAAGUUGACGGAUAACUUUCCGUCUGUGUGGCCAUCUGGCGGUUAGGGCCAGUUCUCAUGAGCCAAUCGGUUUGGGUUUAGAUUGAAUAAACUUAACCAGUGCCACCUCACAUGGUCAGUGGCGGAUACGUGGCAUUUGGGGUAUCCCGAACACCCUUAAAAUUUGGGAACACGAUUAUUCAACCGUCAUAGUAAUUUGUAUAUGAUGAAAAAUAUUUAAGUGAUAGCGGGACACUCUUAAAAUUUGAAAAAAUAGUUAUUCAAACCUUAGUAAUAGUUUGUGUAUGUGUAAAUAAAAAGGUUUAAGUGGUACCCUAUAUGAUUUGAAUUUGAAUUUGAGUCGUUGCUACUAUUAGUAAACAUAUUUUUCAUUAGACCACAACGCAUUUGUUCUUGUAUUUUAAAUCCAAAUAUACUAGUAAGCAGCUAUUCCUUAUCCUCAAUUAUUUUCAGAAGCUAACGAUUAAAUCCAAUUACGGACUCCCCUUGUCUAGGAGGAUAUAUCAGGAGAGAUUUGUAAAGCAUUAUUAGACACGAAUUGUUACAAUUUUUCAUAAUACAAAACACAUCAUAUGCAUUUUUGUAUUAUGUACAAGUCAGAUAUCUUCUUAUUUAAUUAUUAAUUUAUUAUAAUUUUUAGGUGAGGACACCCCUAUGUAAAUUUUUGGUUCCACCACAACACGUGGCCCAAUAAAAAAAUGCGUUACCAAUGCCACACUUUUUACCGCGGAAUUGUAGUAUUCAGGCUUGGUACCAAGCCGGCAAGAGAGGCUUGGUGGCCAGGCAACAGGGUACCAAGCCGACAAGACAAGUUUGGCAGCAAGCAAUGCAGUCAAAAUCGCGCUUUAAAACUUAAAAACUUACAGUUUUACGCUUCUAGAACACUAAAACGCUUUCGUUUCCAUAUAAAAUCUUAAGUGUAUAAAAUUGGGACUGAAUGCGCUUUAAAGCUUAAAAGCUUACGCUUUUACGCUUCUGGUUCACCAAAACGCUUUACGCUUUUACGCUUCUAGUUCACUAAAGGAGUAUUCUAUUCACGAAAAUACUUAUAUUUUACUAAAAGAUACAUAUCAAGUACUUGGGUGCAUUCUUAGAUUCAAUAGAGUAAUCUAAUUCACCAACUAGGCCCUUCCCAAAAUCACUAGCUUAGAGGGGAAGGUAGCUUAUGGUUAAGAUAUAUGUUUAUGAACGUAAUGUUAAAAUGCUAUGAGUUUCUCAACUUUAGACAUGAAUUACAGGUAUUUAUUAACUUAUCUAAACUAUGUGCACUCAUAUUUUACAUAGUAUAUGUCGUACUUAACACAUUUUCCGUUAUUUUAAAGUAUGCGUAAAAAACUUACGUUUUUACGCUUUGAUUCUACGGUUUACGAUUUUACCCAUUUUCCACUUCUAGGUAGAAUCGCGCUUUUGACUGCAUUGGCAGCAAGAUAUGAAAUUUGGCUAAGUCUAGAUACUAAGCCAACAAGAUAGGCUAGGUAGCCAGGCAAGAGGGUAACAAGAUGGCAGGGCGGCAAACUACUAGUUUAAUGAGGCUCCAAAAAACUAAGUAUAGAGAUCAAGCUGACAGGGUGCCAAUCCGAUGAGGUACAAGUCGUCGUGGAUAAUCUCUAGAUUCUCAAGACGAAGUAGGAAAUCUUGGGAGUGGUGGUUGGUCGGCCAAGGCACCAAGCCAACAAGGGUAAGCCGACGAGAUGGAUUUAUUUAAGAGAUGAUAAAAUAGGUGUGGUAUGGAGAUGACAAGUUGGCACCAAGACGAGCUUCCCAAAACUAAGCUUUAGACCAUGUACUUAGACGUGAAGUGACAAUACUCGACGCCAAGUCGACGCGGCAUCAAGGCCUUCAAGUAUCAACUAGUCACCAAGAUAGGACAAGCGGCCCCCAAUGCAAUAGGAGUGAACACCAUGGCGAUAGUGAUUAGGACCCCGAGGUGAUUGAAGCAACUGGCCAGCAGUGGUUAGGAAAUUGUAAAUAUUGUUACUACAUAAAUAUGAAAAUAGUUCAUAGGAUGCAUAAUUACCAUAAUUCUAUUAAAGAGGAAUUGUCAUACUAAUUGUUUACACCUAAAUAUUAACAUUGUACCACAUCGUUUAUUUUAAGAAAAUUUGUUGGCUUUGUAAGGCUAGCACGACAUUAAAAAUAAAUGAGCUAAUUGGGCCUUGUUGGGUUGUGUUUUUGGGCCUAAGUGACCAAACUUCCUCUCCCUGACCUAGGUGACUGACCACACCCAUUGUCUCCAUACCCGAUACCUCCUCUAUGUUGUAACAAGCUAGUUUGUAUGAUAUGUGGCUCUCACAAACUAAGUCUGGAAACAAGACAUGCUUGGUAGCUAAGCAACAAGGUACCAAGCCGGCAAGACAGGCUUGGCAGCAAGAUAUGAAAUUUUGCCAAGUCUGGAUACUAAGCCGACAUGAUAGGCUAGGUAGCCAGGCAAGAGGGUAACAAGCUGGUCGGGCGGCAAACUACUAGUUUAAUGAAGCUCUAAAAGCUAAGUAUAGAGAUCAAGCUAGCAGGGUGCCAACCCGAUGAGGCACAAGUCGUCGUGGAUAAUCUCUAGAUUCGCAAGACUAAGUAUGAAAUCUUGGGGGUGGAGUUUGGUCGGCCCAGGCACCAAGCCAACAAGGGUAAGCCGACGAGAUGGACUUAUUAAAGAGCUGAUAAAAUAGGUUUGGUACGGAGAUGACAAGUUAGCACCAAGACGAGCUUCCCAAAACUAAGCUUCAGGCCAUGCACUUAGAUGUGAAAUGACAAGACUCUACAUCAACCCGGCGCGACAUCAAGGCCUUCAAGGACCAACCAGUUACCAAGAUGGGACAAGUGGCCCCCAAUGCGAUAUGAGUGAAUACCAAGACGAUGGCGAUGAGGACCCCGAAGUGAUUGAAGCAACUAGCCAACAGCGGUUACAAGGGCAGUUACACCUAAUGAUUAUAAAUAGCAUAAACAAAAACUAGGAAAAAGGGUUCCACAACCGAACACUUGAUGCCCAAAGUCAAACUUUACCUUUUCUUUGCAAAUUAGCCAUAGGUAGUUUCUUGAGCUCUCACUGAAGGUCCAUAGGAGUAGAGUAACAUAACUUAACUUGUUCCCAAAAGACCAUCAAAACAUCAAACACCCCUCGUUCGAAGAUUGUUCGUAGAGGUUUGAACCGUGUUGUUUGUCGUUGUUGAAGAAUUCAAAGGUUCAAAUCAUUCAUAUCAAACACUAUAGUUUUCCUUGCCGAAAAAUAAAUUGGCACACCCGGUGGGACACUUGUGUUUGAUUUGAUGGCUCCAUGACAGAGACAACAAGAAGACGAUCUUUCACCCGAGUUUGUAAUGGAGCUAGUGGGCAAGUAUGAACUUGGAAAAUUAGCAAGAGGUGACACCGAAAAUAAUGGUGGGGCAGAAGUUUAGCCGUUUUCCGGUGCCAUGUGUGGGCGGAACGACCGCCAGAGGCGGAGGCAGGAUCCAGAGAUCGGGGGGCCGGACAUUUUUAUAGUAUCCGUCAAAAUUUUCUAAGAAGAUAAAUAAUAAUUCAUUCAUUAUAGAAACCCAAGCAAUAUUUUAGAUAAUUAAAAGAUAUAAACAUGUGCUAUGAACUCAAAUUUUAUGUAAUGGUCUGUUCAAAAUAAAUACUAAAUGACCAGCAUACUUCAUCUUUAAUUAUCUGGUUUGAACUUUAAAAUUAGAAAAUAUAUGAAGAUGAAGUGAAAAAGUUAAGUAAUUAGUUCAAAUUUUAAGCAAAAAUUAAACCAAAAAGAGAAAAAACUGCAAAAAUAUGGUCCUGGCAGGGAUUGAACCUAAAUACCUGGAAGAUACUAAAAGCUACUUUCCGUUGGACUAGAGCUAGGAAAAGUUUAACAGUUUUGCGUGGAACGGUAAUUGUAUAAUAUUUAAUUUCUUCAUAAUUUUCAAAAAUUCUCGAUAUUUUUACAUGCCAUCUUCAGAAUUCCCCCCCCCCCCCCCCCAAGGAACAAGGUAGCUCCGCCCCUGACGACCGCCACCUUAUCUCUCUGCCAGUUGGUUGAUGGAGGAGGCUUUGGCAGGGUACACAAACAAAUGGUCUUGAAUUGAUUUUGUCCAUUCUCCCCUAAAUCGAUGUUUGGAGAUGAGUUUUUAUAAAUAAAUAAAAAAUAAUUUUGAGGAGUUCGGCCAAUUUUUUAUGAAAUCUGUAUUGAGAUAAAAGGUUUUGGCUGAAGAUGGUAUAGAUCCACCAUCAAGCAAUGUUAUUGGAGAUAUAAGUCUUCUAGCCUCUGGUGACCGGAACGCCCAGGCAUGGCCAAGAAACUUGUUGCCCUUUGUAGAAAGUCAACCACCCUUUCAACAUGUCGAUUACGGCAAAAAUAUUAUAAUAAAUUAUAGGAUGCUAAUUGAGGAGUUUUGACAUAAUGCAAAACAGCUUAUGCGCGAAAAGAAUAAGUGACAUAGUCACGGGCAUUUAUUCCUCUAAGUCCUAACAAUAGUAAAUAACUCGUGUUUGUAUAACUGUAGUGUAUCGAUGGUCCGACUAGAAAAGCCUCCUACCGAAAGCUAAACUGGUAGGUGGUUUUUCGCGGUAUGAAGCAGUUGAACCAAGGUAAAACCACGAUAAAUAUCCUACAGCUGACUUAUCCGGUACAACUUCGGAUACGGUUUUUUUUAUUUUAUUUUUUUAUCAUCUCGUCAACAACGCAACAAUUAGGAAAAAAUAAUAUACUAGAAGCCUCAAUCAUCCACCGAAAAAAUUUGAAGUGAUAAGCAAAUUGACACCACCGGCAAAAAAAAAAAAAAUCAACAUAACAUAACAUAAUCUGCAUGAAGUACAUCCAAAGUACGUAGUAUGAACAGUGAAGUACAAAAAUUUAUGGAAGAUGACAUCACAAUUUACAUGUCGUAGCUUAUCCGCAAUAUAUUAAGCAAUAUUUA